CUCCUUUCGGUAGCGCCUCACCCACGACCACCAGCAGUCGACGUUCAAGGACUCAUAAGAAUGAGUUACAAGUUUCAUCAGUUUCAGGUCGUCGGUAGAGCCCUGCCGACGGAGUCGGAUGAGCAUCCCAAGAUUUAUCGCAUGAAGCUCUGGGCCACCAAUGAAGUCCGUGCUAAGAGCAAGUUUUGGUAUUUUUUGAGGAAACUCAAGAAAGUCAAGAAGAGCAAUGGUCAGAUGCUUGCUAUCAACGAGAUUUUUGAGAAAAACCCAACAACAAUCAAGAACUACGGCAUUUGGCUGAGGUAUCAAUCAAGGACCGGAUACCAUAACAUGUACAAGGAGUACAGGGACACUACCCUAAACGGUGCUGUUGAGCAAAUGUACACCGAGAUGGCUUCUCGUCACAGGGUUCGUCACCAUUGUAUUCAAGUGAUCAAGACUGCCACCAUUCCUGCCAAGCUUUGCAAGAGGGAGUCAACCAAGCAAUUCCAUAACUCCAAGAUCAAGUUCCCAUUGGUGUUCAAGAAGGUUAGACCUCCAACUAGAAAGCUCAAAACCACAUACAAGGCUUCGAGGCCUAAUUUGUUUGUUUGAGUGGCCUAUAUUAUUCGGAUGUUUGUUGCAGUCGUUACUGGAAAUUUUGAUUUUGAUUUUGAAACAUGUUUGAUAUUUCUUGAUCUUGGAUCUUUUGCUGGUUUUAGAAAUCUUGGGAUAUUUGAGAUUUUUCAUGUUUUGCCCUUAUGAUGAUGAUUAGGUAAUGCCAUAUUAUUGGGUUAUGAUCCAGCUUUCUUG